UUAUUUUUUAAGUACAGUUUUCACUUCAAGUCUAUUAUUAUUGUAUGCAGUAUAUUAUACUAUACUACUUUCGUACUAAUUUCGUCAUUUUGAUUAGAAAGUUACAAAAUGGUUACGAGACUUUAGCUCCAAAAUAAAAUCUUUAUACUUGAGAAUAUCGUAGGAGAUAAAUGUUACAGAAAUAUUAAAAAUGCAAGAAAUUAAUGAUAAUACAAUUUUAGAGAAGCAACAAGAAGACGUAAUACGUAAGCCAAAAGAUCAAGAAGGCUCGAUAAAAGACAAUGUACAAGUGAUUAAAAACGUAAAAGAAAUUGGAAGAAACGAAGAAAUAGAUGAAAAAGCGACAUUUUUGCAUGAGAAAGACUUGAAUGAAGAUUUUGUUAAAACGUUAAGUAAUACUGAUCUUACUGAUAAACACAUUAGUCUAAAGACUCAAAAUUUAAGUGACGACAACAUCGAGAAUUUGCAAAAUUUAUGGCAAACAAAGAAUAAAGUAAAUAAUAGUAGCGAGUCUAUUAAUUCCACGUCUGGCAGUUUAUCGUUUAAUGAUGACGCACAAACGUCAUCAAAUAGCAUCUAUCUGAAAGAAGUCUUGAGUAAACCCUUGAUCCAAGCUCUUCAUGAAAUUGUGGUAAAGAAACCAACCGAUCCUGUGGAGUAUCUAGGUCACUGGCUACUCCAUUAUAAGAUUUGUGAGGAACAAACUAUGCGACGAAAAGAAUACGAGUUGAAGCUUUUGAUCAGCAAGGAAAAAUUAGAAAAAAUUUAACAAAAAGAUUUUUUCGUCAAGUGAAGGGACGAAGAGGAAUAUGAUAAAGAUUUGAAUCAUCUCAAUUUUAACGAAUUAUGAAUCAAUUAUUUAUAAAAAGAUCAAUUAACAAAAUGUGAUAAAUCAAC